CAUUUUUUUUUUUUUGGCUGAAUAGGCCGCGUGCAAAUUGAUUAAGUAGAAAAAAUUAUUACUCUCUGUCUCACUUUUCUCCUUCGGUUGAUUCUCUCUCUCUCUCUCUCUCUCUCUCUCCCUGCACACUGAAUUUUCUUCCUCUCCCUUCCUAUCAACCAUGAUCUACUCCUUCACAGACGACCCAAGUCAACUGUAGAGAAAGAGCUCCGAUCUGUGAGCUUCUAUCUCAAAGAGAAAUUUUCUCUGAUCUGUAAGUCUUAGUAUCAAUAUCCUUCAUGCACGUGAUUGCAAUCAGACGAUGUAUAAAUGCACCAGUGCUGCUCUGUCUGUCACUAACAAACAGUAACACUCCAUCCAGGUCCAGUGCUCUGCUUUCUUCUUCCCUAACCUUUCGUGCGUCAAUUCUUUAAAACUAGUUGAAUAGUUUUUUUUAAUUGCAAUUCUAUGGGCACACAAAACGCCUCUUCCUCCUCCUCAUCCUCAUGUUUUCCUUCUUCUUCUUCUAUUGUGCCUGGAUGGAGGUACGAAUACCACGUCUUUCUCAGUUUUAGAGGUUCUGACACUCGCAAAAAAUUUACAAGCCAUCUAUACGAAGCGUUGAAACGGAAUGGCAUAACCACAUUUAGGGACGAUGAAAGUCUCGAAAGAGGAGAAUUCAUCUCCCCAGAGCUCAUGAGAGCAAUUGAAGAAUCCAGAUUUGCUGUCGUCAUUUUCUCUAAAAACUACGCUUCGUCGAGUUGGUGCUUGACUGAACUAGCAAAGAUCGUCGAGUGCAUGGACAAGAAGAAGCUGACAGUUCUGCCUGUUUUUUAUGAUGUGGAUCCCAGUGAUGUGCGCAAACUAAGGGGGACUUUUGCAGAAGCUUUUGCAAAACAUCUCAACGAUAACAAUGAGAAUGUGCAAAAUUGGAAAGAUGUUGUGACAAAAGUUUCUGGUAUCUCUGGAUGGGAUUUACGGGAUGAGAGUGAAGCAACCGUUAUCCAAAAAAUCAUUCAAAGGAUAUCUCUUGAAUUGAAUCAUAAAUUCUCAAUUGUUUUCGAGCACCUUGUUGGAAUGGACUCCCGUGUGAAGGAAAUGUUGGAUUUAUGCAUGCGUGAAGGGUUGGAUUGUGUCCACUUUGUUGGGAUUUGUGGGAUGGGUGGAAUUGGCAAAACAACUCUUGCCCGAGAAAUUUAUGGUAAAAUUUAUAGUGACUUUGAAGCUUGUAGCUUUCUUGAAAAUGUUAGAGAAGAUACCAAAAGUAAAGGUUUAGUUUCUUUGCAAAAAAUACUUCUUUCUAAGAUAUUAAUAGGAAUUGAAAUAAAUCUACAUGAUUUGUAUGAAGGAAUUAAUGUCAUAGGCACUAGACUAUGCAAUAAAAAAGUUCUUAUUGUUCUUGAUGACGUGAAUGAAGAAAAACAACUAAAAGCAUUAGCAGGGAAUGGUGGUUGGUUUGGUCCGGGGAGUAUAAUCAUUGUAACAAGUCGGGAUAGGCAUUUGUUGAGAAGGCAUGGAGUGAAACAUAUAUAUGAAGCUAAGGAGCUGAAUGAAGAUGAAGCUUUGGAACUUUUUAGUUGGAAGGCUUUCAAGAAACCUUAUCCUGAAGAAAAUUAUGAGGAUUUGUCUAUGGAUUUUGUGAGAUAUGCUAACGGCCUUCCUUUAGCUCUCGAAGUUUUAGGUUCUUCAUUGUUUGGUAGAAAACUGGAUGCAUGGAGAAGUGCUCAAGAUAAACUAGAAGCAAAAUCUAAUAGAGACAUUAUGGAAAUACUUCAAAUAAGUUUAUUUGGGCUAGAGGAUACACAAAGAGAAUUGUUUUUAGAUAUUGCAUGUUUCUUUAAAGGAGAGCAAGUAUAUUGCGUAAGGGAUACUUUAGAAAGUUUAGGUCACUAUCCAGACUGCGAUAUUUAUGUUCUUAUGGACAAAUCUCUCAUAACCAUUGCAUCAGAUGGAACUUUGUCGAUGCAUGAUUUGCUACAAGAAAUGGGUCAAGACAUUGUUUGUUGUGAAUCCCCUAAAGAGCCUGGUAAACGUAGUAGGUUGUGGUGUUAUAAGGAUGUCUUGCAUGUAUUGAAAAAUAAUACUGGAACAGAGUUUGUUGAAGGUAUAGUCCUAAAGAUGCCUGUGGAUAAAAAUGAACGCUUAAGUGCUGAAGCCUUUUCAAAGAUGAAAAUUUUGAGAUUUCUUAAAAUUGGUUAUGUAGAACCUCAACGAGGCCAUAAUAGAGGUCACGUCCAACUUCCACAAGGCCUCAUUUAUCUUUCUAAUGAGUUGCGCAUAAUAGAUUGGCAUGGAUAUCCUUUAAAAUCCAUGCCAACCAAUUUCCAACCAAUUAAACUUGUUGAAUUGAGAAUGCAUUACAGUGGCAUUGAAAAAUUAUGGAAAGGAAUUAUGAUUUUAAAUGAGUUAAAACUCAUUGACCUGAGUCACUCUCAAAAGUUAAUUGAGAUCCCGAACCUUAGUGGAGCCUUAAAUCUUGAGAAAUUAAUUCUUCAAUGUUGUACAAGACUAUGCAAGAUUCAUGCAUCUGUUGGAGAGCUCAAAAAGCUUAUUCAAUUGGAUAUGAAUGGUUGCAAAAACCUUUCAAGUCUUCCUAAUGCAAUUUGUAGUUUGAUGUCUUUAAAAACUCUCAAUUUAUCUUUUUGCUCAAGACUUGUGAAAUUGCCAGAAGACCUUGGAAAUCUUGAAGGUUUAGAGGAGCUAGAUGUGAGUGGAACUGCUAUAAGAGGGCUAUUUUCGUCCUCCGUUCCCUUAAAAAAUCUCAAAAAACUAUCUAUUGGUGGAUGUGCUUUUCUAUUAUCCAAAAAGAUCCUCAAUUUUCCUUUAUUCCAAAGGAGUCCAGAUCCCAUGGGCAUGUUAACGCGAGCUUUAUCAAGCUUAUCCUCUUUGACAGAGCUUAAUCUAAGUUAUUGCAAUCUUCAGACAGUCCCUGAUGCUAUUGGCUGCUGUUUGUCAUCUUUAAAUCAUUUAAAUCUAAGGGGAAAUAAAUUCGAUUGCCUUCCUAAAAAUAUCAUUCGAUUGUCAAAUCUGGAGACUCUUUUUCUGAGUGAUUGCAAGGAUCUACGAUUACUGUCAGAGCUUCCAUCAAAUAUUAAGUAUUUUGAGGCAGAAGGUUGUACCUCGCUGGAAACAUUACCUUUUAGACCAGAAGAUGUUUUUAGUCCCCAUCUCUAUCUUAUUAACUGCGUCAAAUUGAUCGAGAAUCAAAGUUUCGGUGACAUGUUCUCAACAAUGCUGGCACGUUACAUUCAGAGUCCUUUUGAUUUAAGUUACCAAAAUUUUAUCAUACCCGGAAGUGAAAUUCCGAAAUGGUUUAGCCAUCAAAGUGAGGGGACUUCACUAAAUCUACAAGGGCCUUCAGAUUAUACGGGAAUCGCAGUGUGUGUUGUUUUUGAAAUCCGCCCCCAUCUUUCACUUCACCAACCUCCUUCGGAAUUUUACAAAGCUACACAUUGGAUUCAUCUUAUCUGUUCUGUCGAUGGAUCUCAAAGUAUACAAAGUGUUGGUCUUUCCGAACAAUUUGGUAAGAUUGAUUCAUGUCACCUUUGGAUAAGAUAUGCUCCGUUCAAAAGGAAAAGGGACAAGGAAUUGAGUCAAAUCGAUGCUAAUCGAUUGAGUCAGAUUAAACUUGGAAUAAGCACUGUGGGUCCAGGCUUGGUGGUGACGAAAUGGGGAGCCCGUUUGGUAUACGAGCAAGACAUUGAAGAUCUCAAAAAAAACAUGGCUGGGUCCAGCAGCUGCAGCAUCACUCCUUAUGAGGAUAAUUUAGACGAUUCAGCAAAAGAUACCAAAAUUAAGCGAAAUCAUGAUGACUUUGAAGGAGAUGGGGCAGGACCUAGUGGAGAAGGUACCUCUAAUGAAGUAGACGAGCCACAGCCAAAGCGGAUACAUACAACACCCUAAUCUAAUUGCAAAUUGGAUUGGGAAUUUAUGCACACAAGGACAAGGCGACUCUAAGGCCUCGUUUGGGAGGAGGGAAUGGAAUGGAAUGGAAAGGAAUGAAAAGAAUCAUUUUAGAAUAUUCUUCCAUUCCCUUGUUUGGGAGUUUUAAUGGAGGGAAUGGAAAGCUCAUUCCCUUGUUUGGGAGUUUAAGUGGGAGGGAAUGGAAUGGAUAGGAGGAAACACUCAUUCCUCUCUAUUCCCUUAAAACCUCAAAUUUUCAUUCCCCCCAAAAUUGGGAGGAAUGGGAGGGAAUGGAAUUAGAUUUAAUGAUUUUUUUACUAAAACUCCCAAAAUACCCCUAUAUAUUCAACUCUUUAUUUUAAAAUAGGGAUCUAAUAGUAAUAUUAUCAGAAAAUGAUUUCAUUCCAUUCCCUCCAUGUUGCUCCCAAACAAGAUUAGUUACAUUCCAUUCAUUUUCAUUCCUUUCCAUUCCUUUAUUUUAAAACAUCCAAACAAGGUUACUUAAUUCCAUUCCAUUCCAUUCUUUUCCAUUCCUUUCCCUUACUUAAAUUUAGUUCAUUCCAUUCCAUUCCUUUCCAUUCCCUUAUAAUCAUUCCAUUCCAUUCUAUUCCAUUCCCUUAUAAACUCCCAAACGGAGCCUAAUUGUGAGGAAGAGGAAUCCCAGUGACAAUUGUAGCAUUGAUGACUCUACAAGAUUCUAUCUUUGAUUUUUUUUGCCUUAUAUUGGGUACGAGGAAGUUUUUGGACUUUGUUGGAAUGGAGAAACUGUGUCAUACUCACAUUGCUUGCUGACGGGAAAGCAUGUACAUCUAUUGUAUGGUACUCAUUUUUGUUCAAUUGUGUUGGAGGGAACCUUCUCACUGUAGCAUGAUGGAUAUCUGUUUAUCCAUAUUGUCCAGAGGAUAGCACUACUUUCCUGUACGUACAAGUCACAUUCCAUGAACAUGAUCAGCUUUAUAAUCCUCUAAGAUCAUCUGCAGCCAUUGAUGUACAGAUGGAUUUGAGUCCGCUCUGAUAUUCAAGGGUGAAGCAAACCACAAUGCCCUUGCAAAUGGAUAUUUGUGACAAGGGCCAUUUGAUUGGACUUUGUUGGUGAGGACAAAUUGUCGCCCUGCUAGCAGACAAGAAGAUAGGUGCAACUGUUGUGUGCUCAUCAUUUUAGUUCAAUUAUGGGAGGUUGAGGGAUUAUCUGCUAUCAACUAAGGAUUCAUCUUUAUUGACAAUUCGAGUGCUAGAAAUUUGCCAAGCUUGACAGUGCUGAAUUAUGGUGCAGUCACAUUGAGGUUUCAGUUGUAAGCUACUUCCCACUUUUGAUGGUGCUCAAGUGUGGGUGGGAGAGGUUUCUUAUUCCCUCAAGAGCUUGAAGAGUUUGGGCAAACAAUCAUUGAGUGCUCUACUGAUGAGCCUUCUCACAAUAUGGAUUUCAUCCAUCAAUCAGUAGCAAGUGAUACUCCAAAUGAUAAGCAAAAGAGUGAAGCCGGUUGCUCCUAUGAGGACCCAUAUCCUGGAAGCGUUUUGCUGCCGUUAUUAUGAGGAUAAGGGAACCAAAAACCACAGCCUUGAUUUUUGCCUCUGGGAAGAUGGUUUGUACCGGAGCUAAGAGUGAACAACAGUCGAAGUUGGCAGCACGGAAGCAUGCUCGAAUUAUACAG